UAUCACAUUGCUUCAAAUUCUUGAAAAACUUACAAUUUUUAUCUGUGAUGGGCUGAUGCAAAAUUUCAAAAUCUUGAGGACUGAGGAGUUUGCGCUGUCUUGUGCCCUAUGAUUUGAAUUUUGGAAAAGAAUUUUGUGUGUUAUGAUCAUCAGGAAUAAUUACUUAAUCGAAACACUCAGAAUUUGCGUUCAUAAUGGACGAGAAAAAUUUAUAUUUUGGUCCCGAUAACAGAAUUAAUCCAGCUGAUCACUGGUUUAAUCCUAAUUCGUCAUCUCCUGUAAAUUAUGAAGCAACUUUAUACAAUAAUUCAACAGCUUUCGAUUAUAACGAUGAAGCAGACGAGUCGUACUUGAAUCCUCCUCAAAGAGAUCCUGAGUUUGAUAAAAAAGUGAAUGAAUUUGAAGCAACUAUUCAGGAACGUUUCAAAGAUGAGCUAGAAGAAGAGGAAAUAAUUUUCAUACGAAAAUGGACCAACGCUGGUUUGCAAAUUGUUUCCCUAAUUACUGAACAUCUUGUUAGUCAUCCUUUCGUUGUAAUCCGAAGACAGUGUCAGGUGAAUAAUAAACUCUCCCGGUAUCAUAUAGUCCCCGUUACUUUGAUACCGAUCGUCGUAAAUAUUCAUAGAUGGCAAGGUAUCACUUGCUUGUGGAAAGGUGUCGGAAGUGUUUUAGUAAUCAAAGGCCUAACACUAGCUGUGCAAGAUCUCAUAUCCAAAAUAACAUUUUGGCCAAAAGAAAUUUCUUUGGAAUCUUCUGGUAAAAGUAUGGGAAAACAUUUAUUGCUGAAAUGUAUCACCUGCGCUAUAAUUACUCCGUUUUAUUCGGCAAGCCUGCUGGAAACUGUACAAAGCGAAAUCGCUAGCGAGAAGCCAGAAUUUUUAGAUGUUUUCAAAGAAGGCUUGAGAAGAUUACUUUCAUUCGGAUAUCCUCAAAAAGGGCGAAUGUUACCGGUUUGGUCAUUGGUAGUACCAACUGCGGUGUAUUUCAUCGUAAAACAUAUGUUCACUCUAUUCUUAAAAACUGUGAUUGCCAAAGCUUUAAUAUUCAAUCAAGAAAUGCAGCAUCGUCGACGGGGAGCGAUUCCAAAAAAUUUCCUAACCAAAGAUCACCAGAAUAUUGAAAUAUCUUCUUCAUUAGUUGCUGUUCUUUCUGCAGAUAUCGUAUUGUUUCCUUUGGAAACCAUUCUUCAUAGAUUGCAUUUGCAAGGUACCCGAACUAUCAUCGAUGACUUGGACGAUGGUGCUUCAGUGAGACCCAUUUUAACCAAUUUUGAAGGCGUUAUGGAUUGCUAUAAUGCUACAAUUCGUGAGGAAGGUUAUGCUGGUCUUUACAAAGGCUUUGGAGCGUUGAUGAUGCAGUGCAUCGCUUACACUUCUAUUCUUAAAUUAAGCAAAUUUGUAUUUACUCAAGUUUCAUAUUUAUUUUGUAAGAAUGAAUCUAGUAAUUAUGUGGUUGGAAGAAAUAUCGAUUGGAAUAAACCAGUUCCGCAUCCGGAGGUGAAAACCAAAAAAAGCGCAGAAAUCAAAAAUCGUCCGAAAAAGACAUACGAGGAUUUAUCCUCGGAUUCCGAUGAUUUCAACGAUAAGCCUUUUUCGCGAUACCUAUAGUUUAUUGAAUUAUUAGUUAAUAUUACUUUUUCCAACACGUUCUUAAGUAUGUUAUGAAGUUUAAAUGUAUUUAGGUUUGACAUGUAAUAAACUCGAAUUUUUUCUUUGAGAA